CGGUACACUCCAGUCCUGUUGGUGGCGGUAGGAAAUGUGAAACCACAGCAGAAGAAAACAAAAAGAAACCGAUUGCUACACUGUACAAUAGCAGACUGGACUGUAAACAGAUGAUCUCAAGCUAGCGUCGCUGUUUAGGUAUUAAAAAGGCUGUACUCCUGGAUAAACUACUGUGGUGCUGUUCCCUCGCUGAACCCCCUAUCACUCCUGCCUCCUACUGCUGUUCCCUUGAAGGCCUCCACCCCCUCCUAUCCCUCCUGGUGACCCCUGUGAUGUCGUCCCCGUGCUGUGGCUUCCUGGCGCAGUACACCCACCAUCACCUGGUUGCCUUCCUCCUCACCUUCUUUAGCUAUGUCCUCCUGCACGCCUCAAGGAAGACCUUCAGUAAUGUGAAAGUGAGCAUCUCAGCCCAGUGGACUCCCUCUGUGCAGAAUGCCAGCUCUCCUGCCUUCUCACCCGGGGAGACAUGGGAAAAGAAUAACCUGUUUGCAGACUCCGAUGAAGCCACUCUGUUCCUGGGUGUCCUUGACACCAUCUUCCUGUUUUCCUACGCCGUGGGCCUAUAUAUGAGUGGAGUGAUCGGAGACCGCAUGAACCUCCGGUAUGUCCUCUCCUUUGGUCUGUGUGGUUCAGCCAUAGUGGAGUUUGUGUUUGGUACCCUGACUGAGUGGCUGCAGUUCUAUAACAUCUACCUGUACUGUGGCCUUUGGGUGCUGAACGGCCUACUGCAGUCUGCUGUCUGGCCCUGUGUGGUGGCAGUCAUGGGGAACUGGUUCGGCAAGUCGGGGCGAGGUUUUGUGUUUGGCCUGUGGAGUGCCUGUGCCUCUGUUGGGAACAUUCUGGGAGCUUUCCUGGCAUCCAGUGUUCUCAAGUACGGAUAUGAGUAUGCCUUCCUGGUCACUUCAGUGCUGCAGUUUGCUGGUGGGGUGGUGGUGUUCUUUGGUCUGCUCACCUCCCCUAAAGAAGUGGGUCUGUGUUUGGAGUCAGAGACAAGUCUGAGUCCAGUGGAGAGAGAUGCAGACAGCCACAGGCCUCUGAUGAGUGAUGAAGAGGAUGAGGAAGAGGAGGGAUCGGAGGAGGUGUGUGACGGAGGGUACUACACCAUCCAGCAGGGGGAUGAGGAGCCGCGGGAAACACCCAAAGCCAUCGGAUUCUGCCAGGCCUUCUGCCUGCCCGGGGUGCUGCCUUAUUCCCUGGCGUACGCGUGUCUGAAGCUGGUGAACUACUCCUUCUUCUUCUGGUUGCCCUUCUACCUGAGCAGGAACUUUGGCUGGAAGGAGGCCCAGGCCGACAGGCUCUCUGUGUGGUACGACGUGGGAGGCAUCAUAGGUGGUACGAUCCAGGGCCUGAUCUCAGACUGCAUGGGGAAGAGAGCUCCAGUGUUAGCCGUCAGUCUGCUGCUGGCUAUGGGAGCCCUGGUGGGGUACAGUCACUCACCUCCGGACCAGGUGGUGAAUGCAGCUCUCCUGGCCACCACAGGUUUCUUCAUAGGAGGGCCAUCCAACAUGAUCAGCUCAGCCAUCUCUGCAGACCUGGGGCGACAGGAGGCCCUCAGGGGCAGUCAGGAGGCUCUGGCUACCGUCACCGGCAUAGUGGACGGGACUGGGAGUAUUGGAGCUGCAGCGGGACAGUACUUGGUAUCGCUGAUCGAGAGCAAACUGGGCUGGAUGUGUGUGUUCUACUUCUUCAUAGUCAUGACGGGGGGCAGCAUAGUCUUCAUCUUGCCGCUGAUCGUGACUGAGAUUCGGGCCAUGUGGAGGGACAGACAGGCAAGGACACAACAGCUGUGAUGCCUUCCUCACGGGGGCCAUGUUUGUUCCUACUCCUUCCCUAUGGGGCCUACUAACUGUCAGUCAAUCAGAUUAUGUCCACUGAUCACUACUGUAGAUAUAUGUACAACAUGUCUAUGAAUGUGUGUGUCCAAUCUAUGUAUAUAUUUGGUCUGAAUCACGUUUUUUAAAGAUUACUUCAGCGCCUUUUACGCGUGGGGGCAGGGCCCUCUCAAUGUUUGUGGUCUAAGAUAGGAAGUUCCAAGCAGCUGUCAAUGAUUCAAAUUCCUUUACCUGUUUACUGAAGUGUAUAAUGAUUACUUGUAUAGAAUGAUUGGAUCUGCUCAUUUGCUUAGUAGAGAUCAGAUUUCAAAGGCACGCAAAACACACACUCACUGAAGUCGGCCACUCACUCUUAGAAUCUCACAGUCACACAUCCGCUUGGUGGAUUUUCAGUCAUUGCCUGUAGCACAUACAUGUAGUCAGUGACCACGCUUACGUGCACACAGUAUUCUGGACAGUAGCUCAUUCAUAUGGGUUAAAUAGUAACUGAAAUAUGGCCUACAACCUCUCACAUGUAGCAUAAUAUAAAGUUAACUCGUGCAGAAUUAUGCUUUUUUUGCAGUAAAAUUAGGCAACAAAUGUUAACUUUGUCUCGGGAACAGGAGUGGAUAAAUAUUAAUGAUUUCUUUCAGCAUCUCUUGAGAAAAUGUGUGUAAUGUGCAGACAGUCUUAUCAUAAACCUAUUUAAUUGUUUGCUCAGCUUUUAAUUUAAUUCAAACCGGUCAAACUGAUGACAUUUGGACAUUUUGUACAGACCUAUCGUUCCAUUGUUUUUGGAAUCUUUCCACUGUUCUCCCCGGUCGCUAAAUGAAACAGACAACUUUACCGGUUUUAGCUAGAUUACUACUGCGUUCAUUCUAUCGAUGUAAGACAUUAUUCUGGUGAGCACUACUUUAUUUGGUCUUCUGGGACAACAAGUUAUGACAGAAGAGAAGUUGCAUGUAUCUAACAAUAGUUGGCAAACAAAUGGCCUAAUUGUCAGAAAUUAUAAACAGAAAGUGUCUAAAUUAAGGGUGAAAUUAGCCAGUAGGCCACACGGCCCAAUACGGAGCAUCAGUAAAACUUUUUCGGGUUAUUGUAAACGGGAUAUGAUGUUUACGUGUGUCAACUCACUUGAGUACCCCGAAUAAUAACGGAAUAUUGGUGUGCAUUUAAACGUGGUCAGUGUAAAAAGUACGUUUGCCGAUAAAGUUUUUAAGCAGCUUUGUAAGUCAUAAAGGUCAGUAAACAUUAACUGCACGCCUCUGAAAUAUUUUAUUUAUUUAUUUAAAGAACAGUAAGAUUACAUCAAUGUAAAAAAAAAUCGUCUUAUCAAAAUGAGGUAAAAGUAUACUGAUUUUAUUUACUGUAGGUACAUAAAUUAAAACGGUACAAGUAGUUCUCCUGGUUGGACUGGGAUCAGUUGCUAAAUUACUGUAGUGGUUUUAACCAAGGUCACAAGUGCAUUUCAGCUGGUCCAGGACCUGCUAAACUUGAUGAAAUGGAAUGUGUAUUUAAUUGUAACAUUAUCGAAUGUAUGUUCUUAAUCUGUGAUGAAUGUUCGUUUUUUUUCUCUCCAUAUGUGCACUUUAAAUUCAUAUUUUAAUGAGCCUAUGUGAUGUUUGUUUUGUUUUUUCAAGAAAAGAAAAUAGACUUUUUCUAAA